UCCGAGUCGGAUCCUGCGGUCCGUUAGCGGCCUGCCAGUGCGGAAGUUUCUUGGGCGUUGCUAACAACCGUGGGUACAGAUACGAGGGGCUUUUCCAGUAAAGUAGAUCUUAAUAUUGGUCAGGCUGUGACACAAGCAGACCGGCAACCCGGGUCACCAAAAACCUUAGACUCCCCGCUCCCAUCCCCAAUCUUGAGCUUCCCGGUGACGGGAGUCAAACGAGAGAGCGAACCGCCUCUUCACUUAGCCAAAGACAGGCCCAGGUUCGUGGACUGUUGUCACCAUGGGCGUUGGGAGCUAUUUCAAGGCCCAAAAGCCAGAGCCGCCGCUUCCCAAUCCGCUCCCCCCUCGGAAACACGCAAAGCCGCCAAAGAGCUCGAACCAGAGGCGUAGCCCUCUGCGAGAAUCGCCCGAAUCAGAGAAGUCACCAUCAGAAGGCUCGCUGAACAAUGACCUCGAGCUCCAGCCGCCGGCUUCGGUGCAGCUCAGCUCCCGGCCGCAGUCCAUAUCAGGGCGGUCGGUGAGGUCAGCGAGCAGUUCCAUGUUUCUGGACGACAUCAAGCACGAGGUCAUGGUCAACUACCUAUAUCAGCAACAAUGCUCCCAUCUGUGGGUUUCGGACGGAAGCGGCGAGAUCGAAGGCGUCCUUUUGCGCAAAGCUAGGGGACAAUACAUGGCCUGCCCGCCGCAGCUGGGCAAUUCCCCAUUUGCCAUGGCGUGUGCAGCACUAAACGUCCAGUGUGCCAUGACAGUCAACUCUCGGGUCAUCAAAACCUUUUUGCAAUGGUCUCCUGAGGCAGUUGACGUGCCCCUGAUGAACGGCCUGCGCGUUCAAAUCCUGCCCACAAUUGACGACUUGACGCGCGCGAGGAAACACCAGUUCGCAGCUUUUGUCGCCUCUGAAGGCCUCCUCGUGGUGUGGGAUGAUGACGCCCUGCACCUUGUUCAGAGAGCCAAGGCCAUCGAGUCGGAGCUCAUGGAGCUUGUAUGGAAGGCUGGGGGCGAAGAGGAUGAGGACGAGAAAAAGGGGCCGCCCGUGGCCGAGGCCGAGAUCGACGAGGAGAGCGGGGAGCUGAAGCCCGAGAAACGGCCAGUUCACCUGCAGAAUACCUAUCUUGUCAGCUUGACGUUGAUCAUCGUUAUCGUCUCCCUUGGGGCCGCGUUCAGAGCACUGGCCAUUGAGGUGUCUGUGGACGGUCAAUAUCUGCGCCUAGCUCUUGUCGCUCUCUUUCCGGUCCAGAUUUUCUUCACCCUCUUUUUUGCCCAGGUCAUUGUCGGCUGUCUAGCGCAGAUCUUUGGUCCGAUUCGCCAGCUCACUAUCAAUUCCAAGUUUUACUCGGCCCGCCCGCCCCCGAGGCUGCAGGCGUCCAUUCUCCCACACGUCACGGUCCAGUGCCCAGUUUACAAGGAGGGUCUCGCCGGUGUCAUUGCGCCCACUGUCAAGUCUAUCAAGCAGGCCAUGUCCACAUACGAACUUCAGGGCGGAUCGGCCAAUAUGUUCAUCAACGAUGACGGUCUCCAGCUCAUCUCUGAGGAGGACCGCCGCGCCCGCAUCGAGUUCUACGCCGACCACAGCAUUGGCUGGGUUGCCCGCCCUAGGGAUGGCGAGAACGGCUUCUUGCGUCGCGGUAAAUUCAAGAAGGCGUCCAACAUGAACUUUGCCCUCAUGAUUUCGUGCAAGGUCGAGGAGAAGCUGGCUGCCCUCCAGCGUGCCCCCGAUUGGUCGCAACACGACGAGGCGCAGGCCUAUGAGCGCGCGCUGAAGGAAACUCUCGAGGAAGACGGCCGUGCCUGGGCUGAUGGCAACAUCCGUGUUGGUGACUACAUCUUGCUUAUUGACUCAGACACGCGUGUGCCAGCCGACUGCCUGCUUGACGCCGUGUCUGAGAUGGAGCUGUCCCCUGACGUUGGCAUUAUGCAGUUCUCGUCCGGUGUCAUGCAAGUUGUCCACACCUACUUCGAGAACGGCAUCACCUUCUUCACCAACCUCGUCUACAGCGCGAUUCGGUAUACUGUUGCCAACGGCGACGUUGCCCCGUUCGUCGGUCACAACGCUGUUCUCCGGUGGUCUGCUAUCCAGCAAGUCUCCUACGAGGAUGAGGACGGCUACGAGAAGUUCUGGUCCGAGAGUCACGUGUCAGAAGACUUCGACAUGUCCCUGCGUCUUCAGUGCAACGGUUACAUCAUCCGUCUUGCUGCAUGGGCUGGCGAGGGCUUCAAGGAGGGCGUGUCACUCACAGUGUAUGAUGAGCUGGCGCGGUGGGAGAAGUACGCUUACGGUUGCAACGAGCUUCUCUUCCACCCCAUCCGCAAGUGGAUCUACAAGGGCCCCUUCACGCCGCUAUUCCGACGCUUCCUCUUCUCCAACAUCCGCUUCACGUCCAAGGUUACGGUAAUCUCUUACAUUGGAACCUACUACGCCAUUGGCGCCGCAUGGAUCAUGACCAGCGUCAAUUACUUCCUCAUCGGCUGGUUCAACGGCUACCUUGACAAGUACUAUAUCGACUCGUGGCAGGUGUGGUUCUCGAUUAUCAUUGUCUUCAACGGUCUUGGCAACAUCGCCCUCGCCCUUAUGCGCUACCGUGUCGGCGAGCGGAAUCUACUGUAUGCCGUCUUCGAGAACUUCAAGUGGACCUUUUUGCUUGCCAUCUUCCUUGGUGGUCUGUCGCUGCACGUGUCGCAGGCGCUGCUAGCGCACAUGUUUGAGAUCAACAUGACUUGGGGCGCAACCAGCAAGGAAGCCGAGUUUUCCAACUUCUUCAUUGAGAUCCCGAAGGUGUUGAAGAAGUUCAAAUUCUCCAUGAUAUUUGCCACCGUAUUUAUUGCGGGAAUGGUUGUUCUUGCCAUUGGUCCUUUCAUUCCGUACAGCUGGAACAUUACCGAUUUCGUUGCCAUCCUGCCCAUGGCGACCGUUGCCGUGUCGCAUCUUUUGCUCCCAUUAGCCCUAAACCCUGCGCUCAUGACGUUCUCGUGGUAAAGCGAUUGCCGCCGCAAGUCUUGCCACUGGCUGCGUGUAUUGUUGCUUGCGUCAUGUUUUCUCUUCUCACAUUUCGCAACCUCUCUCAUAUAUACUUACAUGUAUGUUGUCACACAUCUACCUUACAUACCUCGGUUCGCCAGAA